UGUGAGACGAACACGGAGAGAGGGAGAGCGAGGAUGACAGAAGGUGUCCCUCUCGCCGAACGUCCAGCCCCCGACUCCGACGUCAGAGGCUGAGAGACACAAAACAAGCCGCUCUCAGCUGAGCUCCUCACUCGCGCUCACACACACACACUCACUCGUCCACAGACAACGCGCCGCGCUACCUGCUCCGCGCUCGGGACCACUGUGUGCGUAGGCGUGCGGCAAGAAACCCACUUGGUCUCCCGCUCCUCAGGACGGGAACAUACUUCGUCUCUUGCUGGUUUGCUGCCUAAUUCUGUGCGAGGACGCUGGGGGAGGUGGGCGGGUGGUUGGCGGGUGAAAGGAUUCGCCUCGGACCCCCGACCCAGACCCCGUCCCACAGAGCAGCAGAUGUCAUAGAGGAGGAGAGGCGGAGGGAGAGGGAAACCCAAUCUCCCCAUUCAUACCCCUCCUUCCCUCAUCUGUGAGAACAAUACCCAGCCUCCAGUGGCAGAGGGUCAGCUUUUGUCCCCCUCCCCACGCUCCCCCUCGAGAGUGAAGAGCAGACAGACGCGCUGACACAUUGACCUGCUGAGAGAGAGAGAGAGAGAGAGAGAGAGAGAAGACAAGACAACGGACGCCACCGACUUCAUUCAGUACUUGGACAGCUCCGGAGCAACAGCCAGCGGGACUGUGUGUUUUUUUCUUCUUCAUCCCAUGAGUGAGUAGAGACUCCGUCUGGCGAGGGACGACUGAAGCUCGACUUGGGGCUUCGGGGGUAGACGGAGAAGUACAAAAUGCAGCCCCCGUGCUCGCUCCAGCUCGGCCCCUGUGGCGCCGCGCCGGCCCUGGGGUCGCAGGGCGGCGCCGGCAGCCUCUAUCAGCUGGAGGAGAAGCAGCUCUUUGAGAAGUUUUGGAGGGGCACUUUCAAGGCGGUCGCCACGCCGAGACCGGAGAGCGUCAUCGUGGCCAGCAUCACCGCUCGCAGGAGGGUGAUCGGCUCGGAGACAACGGCCUGUCCGCCACUUGCGGCCGAUGAGGGCAAAGCGGCCGACGCCAGGGUGGACACCGCCGACAGAAAUGGCUGCAUCAAAGGGAAAGGGCGCAAACACCACAGUCGUCGGCGGGUCAGGAGCCCCUCCUUCGACGAGGAGCUCUCCCCGCGGCCCAAGCGGAAGAAGAGGAAGAGAAAGUCCGAACGCAAGAGGAAAAGGAAAAGGUCUCCCUCUCACAGCCUGUCGCCACCGAGGAAGAAGAAAAAGAAGAAGAAGAAGAGCUCCAAGAAAAGCAAGCGGCACAGAUAUACCUCCAAGAAGUCAAAACACAGCUCCUCAAGUUUAAAACAUAAGAGGAAGGAUGAGCGCAAGCACAAGAAAAGUUCCCGGACUCGCCCGCAUCGGAGGCGACGCUAUCGGAGGUCAGAGUCGGACAGUUCUUGCUGCCACUCUUCCGCGGAGGACAGAAACUACCUGCACAGAUCUGUGGUGCAUCAGGCUGUAGGAGGCCUGGCGGCUGUCGGAGAGGAAGGCGUGAAGUGGAGACCUGCAACCAAAUCAGUGUGUAAAACGGCUCCCAAAUAUCGCUCCAUCCUCUCAACCGCCACCAUUUCGUCGUCAAAGCCUGGAGGCGAGCUCUCGCACGGAAAAGGGCCGCAGCAUUCGUCGAGCCAGACCGAGGGGCCGCACGAUUACGAUUCUGGGAAUGACACGUCUUCGCCGCUGUCGAGCAAAACCGGCGUUUCCCUGUCGAGCGUCGCCGACAACAAGGGGAGCACCUGCCAACGCGCGGCCUCACCGGAGAAGCUGAAGUUCACCGACAGAGACAACGCGUCGGAUUCAGGAAACUCUGUGACCAGCUACACUUCCUUAUGCAAACCUUACAGGGAGGACAGCUUGUCUGCAACCCUUUUCAGUGGGAACGGCAAGAGGGGGCAGAUCACCGUGGGGUGUCGGAUGGAGGUUGUGAGGCCUCCAAAGAGGAAGAGGAGCGCGUCGUCUCGCGGGCGGCUGAGAGCGCGGUCGUCCAGCAGCAGGAGCAGGAGCAGGUCCGCGGCGAGUUCCAGAUACUCCGGACACUACUCUCGAAGCCCGUCCCCGUCAUCUUGCAGCUCGUACUCACGUUCUCCCAGUUAUUCGCCUGACCUGAGGCGGCGAGGCAGCGUGGCCAGCCUGAGCUCCAGAGGAAGCUACUACUCCAGACACAGCUCUGACAGAACGCGACACAGCAAGAGAGCCCCGAAAAGACGGACGGACGCGAAGCAUGCACGUAAAGUCAGUGGGAAGAGACAAAGACGCAAAUCCUACUCCCCGAUGAAGAAAAGGAGGAGAGACUCGCCAAGCCACCUGGAGGCACGCCGCAUCACAAGUGCCAGGAAGCGACCCAUCCCUUACUUUCGUCCCAGUCCUUCCUCCAGCAGCCGGUCCACCAGCGUGUCGUCUUGGAGCAGCCUCUUCACCCGCAGCCGCAGUCGCAGCCCCAUCCACAGCAUCAGCCGCAGCCGCAGCCGGAGCCAAAGUUACUCCUCCUACAGUCGCUACAGUCGCAGCUCGUCCUUUAACUCAAUCUUUGGGACCCGCAGUCGCAGCCGGAGCUGCGGUCCGGCGAACAAACGCAAGAAAACCAGGCGUUAGGGUUUCCCCAGGGAACGUUAGGGGGACCAAAGUCGUGUUUCCAACUCCAGAGCGAGGACGGCGGAUGUUGGAGCGAUCGACUGUGUGCGUCUCCGUGCUCCACUUUGAUGCUUGAGCGGAUACUUGUCCCAGCAGGGGGUCCGACUGCGGGCGAUCAUUCAGGCAGCCUCGCUCACUCUGCCCACAGAUGCCACCGGAGACUGAAUGUCCACUUGUUUGUUUGUUUUGUUCUCGUUCUGCAUCCUGUCGACAUAGCAACGGCCUGCGACUGUUCAUCUCCGACAUAUUUACAGUUAGAAAGUGCACACAACAAACAAGACACUAUGUUCCCUUUAUUCAUGUCUGUGCACUUCCCAUUUGGUUAUUCUUUUACAUUAAUUCUUUAAGACUUUAUUGUUAUUUUUAAAUGGUAAAUAAAAAGGCUUAAAUCCCACUCAAUUUAACGUUAUCAGGACAUCGGACAUGUAUGGUCCCACGUCACGUAUUCAUGUCCUGGAUUCUGAGAUAUUGAUGUAACAUCUGAGCCGUUUCAUCCAACUGUUAUCAGGAAUAAGGAAAAAGGUUUAUGGCUCCGAUCUCGCCACUUCACAGGCAGGAGAACCGAAGUGUUUCUGCUGAAAAAUGAAACGAAACGGUGGCCUGACGGCGGGCGCGGCUCAAAUGUCAAAUUAAUUUAUCCUCUGAUCAAAUGGGACACAAUUGAAAAGUCAGAAACAUAACAGAGAGCGAUGAAAACAUUGCACGGCGCUAGAGAGGGAGGAUUUUAUUUGACACAUUUUUUUUAAUGGAGUCCCCCCCGGCGACGGCGGGGGGGAGAUGUGUUAAUGGAGUUUUUUUCUUAGCAACUCCUGACAAAUAAUAGGUUAUUAAUUUAUUUUGGGGGAAUGGAUCCUUAAAGGUAAAGAUGAUAUAAAAAACAUUUAUCUAUUCCAAAGCUGAAAUGAACAUCUUGGGCUGUAGUUAUUAUUCUGUAUGUUGUUUUGUUUAUUUGCUGAUUUUGAAGCUCAUGUUGAAAGUGAGCCUGAACUUAUUGAUCCUCGAUUCACUUGAAAAAAUGUUUUCUAGCUACAACGCUGCAGCCAAACACAAAUACAAAGUGUGUUUCUGUUCUCCAGCUGCAUCACAAGGGAAGGUCAAGUUUUGAAUUGUGCAGCACGAUACAUAUUUAUUGCUUAUUUAUUAUUUAUUGGCUUCGUUGUCCCUCUCGGUAGUGGUCGAUCUCUCUAUGCAACACAGGUCAGUUCAUAGUUAUUAUAACACUGGUAUUAUGACACUGCUAAUUUAUUUUUUUGGUUGGUUUUGAAUUAUUCCCUUUGGCGCCGAGCCCACACAUGAAGAACCCACCCAGUGAGCAGAUGUACAAAAGAACCAGAGUGUCAGAGAAGAUGCUUCACGUCUGACCUUUUUGUUCUUUUACCAAAACAAAAAGUUGUCCCAUCUUUUUGGAAAUAUCUUCAUGUGCUUUUCUUGCCAAGUGUCAGAUGAGAAGAUUAGGACCAGACGAGAGUGAGCUGCUGUCUGAAGCUACAGGCAGCAGGCCGUGAGCUCAGCUUAGCAUGAAGUGUGGAAACAGGGAGACGGCCAAUCUGGCUCUGUCGAAGGUUGAAAAAAAAAAUCUGUUGUUAUAUUUAGUUUGAACAAAAAGUUGUGGUUUUGUCGGACUACUAAACCUGUCUUCUUCGGGGUUAUUUUGCUUCAGUUAAAUUAUGGAUUCCCAGUUCAAGGGCUCCUUCAAACGUGGCCAACAAAUUCAUCCUUCCAUUCCAGAGAAAAACAAAGGAUCCAAAGGGUGGAUCCUUCCCGGCCUAUGGCGAAUUUCUCCUAUUUCCAUCUAGAUAUCGUGCCCUUAAAAUAAAAAUACUGCCUCAAGAUACAUUACCGAUGCGCUAACAGAUACUCUGCCCGACCAGACCUCAUUUUAGUUGAUCGACACGCCCAUGGCUGCUCAGAUGGCCGCAAGAGCAAUUGGCUACUUAAACAACAUGGCCGCUGGAGGUGAAGAGGACAACUGUGUUGGUCUCAAACUGGCAAAGACACGUUUGCGUUUGGUGCCGCUUUGCAGCGGGCGUAAGACGGAGCCCGAUGUGUUAUUCCAGCACCGGAGUCCAGACCUUCUCCCGAAAACAUGUGUCCGCGCUCAGCAUAUGUGAAAGGCGACCUCCGGGGAAAUGGCUCGUGAUGUCUGACAACAGUCUCGGCUCUCGAAGGGGCCGCUAGGUGGACGGGUCUUAUCUAAACUCUGCACGGAGGCAAAUCGGCACAUUUUACCCUAAAUGUCAAACGUCUUCUUUGGAGUUGGUUCCGGGGGCUGCCUCUGACUUCCAGGGUUUGAAUCCUAAAAAACUGCCAAUCUGUAUAAGUAAGAGAGUUUUAUAUAUAUAUAUAGAUAUAAAUAUAUAUCUAAAUAUCUAAAUAUAUAUAUAUAUUUCUCAAUCAUUUCAAAUCCAUCACGGUGUCUGUGUAGCCGCUCCUGGCCUGACUGACUGCUCUCUAUGCACUCACUAUACUCUCAGCGUAUUUCCCUGAAUGUCAACUAAAUUUGGACGAAUGAGGGAAAUAUACGAUGCUGGAAAGGGGAGGGGGGGUCUCGGCACUCAAGUCCUAAUCUAUAAACUGAUGAUGUCUCGCGUCGACGAGGUGCCGGUGGAUGAUUUGUGCGGUCGUGUUGAUAAUCUGUCUCGACCGGCACCCAGGUCGACGUCCCUCACCACACACAAUGUAAAGUGUACAUCGGUUCUUGUGCAUAAUCAUUUUGAAUAUGUAAUUACUCUGGUGUAAAUAUGCAUCUGCGCUGUACAGAUUAUCCCCAAAAAAAAAGAAGGUGUGAUUAUAUGAUUUGCAGAAUGUGAUUUUGGGCGUCGUUGGAUGUUAAAAAU